AUUAUUUUCCAUGAUAAUAAGGUUCAAGAAAAAUGUUAAUAGGCAGAUUAGGGCGAGGAGGACAUUGUUUCUUCGGACAAUAUCUUCAUAUAAAAGCUUAAAUUAGUCUCUCUCUCUCUAAAAAAUGGGAGAUUGCUACCCUAACCCGUAGUCUGCUGGCCCUCUCUUUGAAAGAAAAAAGAAAAAAACCCCAAGCCUAAAUACCAUAGUAAAUAAAAGUCCAAAUUCCUAUAUUAAGUUACGAGCACGCCUUGAUUCUGUUGAUGGUACCAAGACAGAAGCCGAAUCAGAAAGUCAGCAAUCUUCGAACAAUUCAACAUGCACAAGUUAUCCAGAUCAAGAACUGCAAGUUCAAAAAAAGACCAAGAAUAAAAAACUGAGAGAGUGAAAGGAGAGUCAUGAUCAUGAGGCGAUGCUCUGUAUAUCUUUCGGAACAAUCUGCAAGAUCCUAACAAUAUCAUGGACAAUUGGAAUCGUACAGACAAGAACCCCUGCAAGUGGAAUCAUGUUACAUGCAACAGCUUGGAUAGUGUUGUAAGACUUGAUAUGGGAAAUGCAUUAUUAUCUGGUCAACUGGUUCCACAGCUUGCACUGCUUACAAAUUUGCAGUAUUUGGAACUUUAUGCUAACAACUUAAGUGGACAUAUUCCUGUUUAUCUUGAGAACCUGACGAACUUGGUGAGCUUGGAACUUUACACCAACAAUUUCGAUGGUCCCAUUCCAGACGCAUUGGGAAAGCUGUUCAAACUACGAUUCCUUAUUGGAACUCAAGAUUGUUAUCUUUUUGUACGCCAAACUUCCAAUAGCCGACUCAACAGCAACAACCUGUCAGGUUCAAUACCUAUGUCACUGACUAGCCUCUACUCCUUGCAAGUCUUGGAUCUAUCCAGUAACCGCCUAUCAGGACCUGUUCCACACAAUGGCUCAUUUUCAUUGUUUACUGCCGUCAGUUAUGCAAAUAACUUGGAUCUAUGCGGGCCAAUUACUGAGAAGCCUUGCCCUGGAUCAUCCCCGCCUGCAGUUUCUAGUCCAGAUGGAGACAGUAAGCCCAAUAUUGGAGCAAUAGUUGGAGGGGUGGUUGCUGUAUGGUGUUACUAUUUGCUGCUCUGGUAAUUUGGUUUGCAUGCUGGCGGAGACACAGGAAACCACAAAAGGAUUCCUUUGAUGAACCUAGUUUACAGUCCACCUAGAAAGCUGAUCAAUUCAUUGGCGGAAAUUCAUAUGAUUGGGUUGAGAGCAAAGAACCCCACAUUUGAGAAAUAAAAGGCAAGAAUUGCUUUUUAUUUAUUUAUGGUAGGAGACAGGUCCAUGAAAGCCAUAUUUGCUUGUGCAUGUACUUUACUUGUCAGACAAUUUGCAGGGGCAAAAUGUCUUGUGAUGGUGAAAUAGAUCGGCAGUGAUAAUUUCUUGGUCCAAAGGGAUUUUAAACUUGUUUUAGCUUUGUAAACUAGAUAAGGUGAAGAACGCACCAGACUUGUGGAUUUUUAAGUAUACUCGGUGGAUUCCUUUGGAUUGGUCUCUUUUAUGUGCAUUGGAGCUGGGCUGGGAACGCUAAAAUGUCUAUUAUUAUUUUGCUUUUAUUAAUUCUCGACCCCCUGUUGCUUUA